CAAGCACACAGCACAGGCACGCACACACGCUCGCGUCCUCCUCUUUUCUCAUUCCACACAACUUUAUAUUCUUAUUGUAUUUGUUCACUUUCCAAACCAACCCGCAAAUUCACCCUCGCCAAUUCACCCUCGCCAAUUCACUCUCGCCAGUUCGCUCUCGCUCUCGCCCUCUACAUUUGCAGCUUCAAUGGACGUUGGACGCCCAGCCCCCCGCGCCGCCGCCGCCGCUGCCGCCUACAGCUCGCAGGAUGGCUACGCGCCAGAGCUGCUCUACGCCACCUUCAACCAGGACUACGGGUGCUUUGCCAUUGGCACGCAGACCGGCUUCAGGAUAUUCAACAGCGACCCGUACAAGGAGAAGAUGCGGCGCGAGUUCAAGGACGGCGGCAUUGGCAUCGUCGCCAUGCUGUACAGAUCCAACUACCUGGCCUUUGUUGGCGGCGGCCGCAACCCAUGCUUCCCGCCAAACAAAGUCAUGCUGUGGGACGACGCCAGUUCAAAUAUCAUCGCCGAGCUCGAGUUCCGCUCGGACGUGCUGAACGUGCAGCUGCAGCGCGACCGUAUCGUUGUUGUGCUGCGCAACAAGUGCAUCGUGUGUUCGCUCGAGGCGAAGCCCCGCCACCUGCACGCCUUUGAGACCGCAGACAACGACCGCGGCGCCAUGGCCAUCAGUGGCGCCAGCGACGCCGGCAUUCUGGCCUUUCCCGGCCGCCAGAAGGGCCACAUCCAGAUCGUCGACCUGCACUCCGCACUGGCCGUCAGCGCCGAUGGCACAAUGGUUGCCAGCGCUAGCGAGAAGGGCACGCUGAUCCGCAUUUUCGACACCAUGAGCGGCCGCCUGGUGCACGAGCUGCGCCGCGGCGUCGAUCGCGCCGACAUCUACAGCAUUGCAUUCAGCCCCGACAACACGCGCCUGUGCGUGUCCUCGGACAAGGGCACCGUCCACAUAUUCAACCUCGAUUCCAAGGACCCUGCCGCCCAACAGUGCUCACCGGCCCCAGCCUCGGCGUCGGCGUCGGCGUCGGCUGCAGGCAACCGCCAGUCGAACUUCAAGUUCAUGAAGGACCUUUUGCCAAAGUACUUUUCGUCCGAGUGGUCGUUCGCUCACUUCCGUGUGGCCAACGAGGUGCGCUGCAUAUGCGGCUUUGGCAACGAGCGCAACAGCGUCAUUGUCUUGUGUGCCGACGGCACCGCUCAAAAAUACUCCUUCGACUCGUACCGUGGAAACUGCGUCCGGGAGUGGUAUCGCAAGUUCAUUGACUGAGCAUACCCUUUUAUUUUAAUUGCUACCCAGCCCGCUUCACUUCACUUCACUUUACAUCACUUCACUUUACAUCACUUCCUUGUUGGCUAUUGCUUUUUGCCGCCACGGACAAUCGGUCCUUGGAGCUGGUCUGUAGUUUAUCUCUCUUCUCUUCUCUUUUCUUUUCUUUCUUUUUUACAUUUUCAUUUCACAUUAUUUAUUCCUCUCACCAUGACAACCAAACCAAACAACCAAACAACCAAACAACCAAACAA